AUGGCGGAACCUGGUGCCCGUAGAAGGAGAUCUAGCAGCAUCCUUCAGGUCCAUUACGAGCCGCAAGAGACUCUCGAGCAGAUAAGCGACCAAGCCGUGGUACCUAAUCUCAAUGCGAACUGGGUCAAUGCCAAAGGCGCCUGGACGAUUCAUUUCGUCCUCAUCCUCUGCCUAAAGAUAUUCUACGACGUCAUGCCGGGCGUGUCGCAGGAGACAUCCUGGACUCUGACGAACAUCUCGUACAUGUUUGGUUCCUACAUUAUGUUCCAUUACGUCCGCGGCGUGCCAUUCGAAUUCAAUGGCGGCGCCUUCGACAACCUGAACAUGUGGGAGCAGAUUGAUGAUGGGGCGCAAUACACUCCGGCCAAGAAGUUUUUGCUGAGUGUGCCGAUCGUGUUGUUUCUCCUCAGCACACAUUACACCCACUACGACCUGGCCUACUUCAUCAUCAACUUUCUGGCCGUGCUAGCAGUUGUCAUUCCCAAGCUGCCUUUUAGCCACCGGAUGCGAUUCGGCCUUUCCGAUUCCGAAUAUUGA